AUUAAAUAAUCACACCGCUCGCGCCCACAGCAACUCGCUACCUCGCUACAGCAGCGUCCUCAUGGCGAGCAAAGCCCAAGCACCUGCAGCAGGGCUAAGCACGCAACCACAGCCGCUCAAGGUCUUCCUGCACCCAAGCCUGCGGAGCCUGCGCACGCGCCACGCCAUCUGGGCCCGCAGGCUGGCUCCCCUGGGCGUGCUGCUCACGCGGGGGCAGCUGCCCGAGCCAGGCACCUUCCUGGCUGUGGUGGACGUGGAGGUAGGAGCCGCCAGCUGUGCCGGCGGCAGUAGCGGCGCCGGAGGCGGGGGCGGCGCGGACAGCUACUGCCGCUUUGACGCGCACUCGGCGGCGGCGGCGCAGCUGCUGCAGCUCCUCCGUCGGGGAGGUGGCACUGCCGCGGCGGCUGCUGGCAGGCCGGCCGCCGGCAGCAAGAGGCGUGUCGCCGCGGGGCCUGAUGACGGGGCUCAUCCACAGGGUGAAGCAGCAGGAGGGCGGGCUGUAGCAGCUGCAGCCGCCGGUGCUCGUGGCAGCCCCGCCACACCGCGGGGCGGGCAGCAACAUGCAGCUGCUGCGGUGGCGGCCGCACCGGACGCUGACAGCAGGGAGGAGGCGGCAGGAGUAGCAGCGACUAGGGAAGGCGGCAGCAGCAAAACACAGCAGGCGGGAAAGGUGACGUGCUCGGUCAGCAGGAGCGCCGCGACCACCAGCAGUAGCAGCCUUGGCAGUAGCAGCCACAGCGCUGCUGCUCCUGCAGCUGACAGGUCAGCAAAGCGCCACUCGGGCUCGGCGUCAUCGCGUCGCUCGCUGGACUCGGCGGCGCUGUCGUCGCUGGCGGCUGUAGCAGCCACCGCCGCGGAUAGAGCCACCGCUGCUACCGCCAACUGGGAGCGGACUGCUGCUGUCACGUGCGAACGUGGCGGCGGCGGCAGUGUCGGAUUUACUGGAUCCAUCUGGCGGCCGCACGUCGCGCGCCUGGUGUCUGACAGGUGGCUGGUUGCGUGCUGCGAGGCGGGCGCGAUUCUGGAUCCAGCGCCGUACGAUGUACUGCAGGCGCCCGCCAGACUGGCAGCGGCGGUUGCGGCGGCGCCGUACCUCCGUACACCAGGCCAACUGCCACCUGGCGGCGGUGUGCUUAAGACAACCGGACCAGCCGGCAAGGGGGACGGCGGCGGCGGGGACCGAGGCGAGUCGCGGCCGUGGAAGCGGCUGCGCUGGCAGGACACGGGCGAUGAUGGUGGGUGGCAGGGGUCCAAUGGUGCGAUGAGUGCUGUUGGCGUAGGCGCCUUCACGCAACCGCAGGACCUCGCUGUUGCAGCGGGUGGGGAUGGGUUGCGGGCGGCAGCGCCCACAGCCACCGCCGCUGCCACCUUCCAUUCCUCGGGCGGGGUCACCCCCGGCGCUGCAGCUGGUGUGGCUGCUCGCCCCGCACCGCUGCGCCCCUGGGUACCGCCGCGCCUGCUGGCGGCGACCACUGCCGCCGCUGCCGCCGCCGCCACCUGGGGCGCAGUGCUCGCACCCCAACACACCACUUCAACAGGUGGCGGCACCACCCGCUCUGCUGGAGCCGGCGGUACAGGGGAGGGCCCGGCCGCGGCCGAGGCAGCGGCAUUGUUGGCUACCACCGGCACCGGUGGCUUCUGCUCGCCCGCCGCUGUGGUUGUGGGGCACGAGCCUGUGCCGCUGGCAUGGUGGGAGCCGGCAGCGCCUGUAGCAGUGCCUACACCGGCACUGGCACCGGCAGUAGCAGUAGCAGCAGCUGCAGCAGUCGGAAAGUCAGCAGCAGGAGACAAUGCUGGGGGCGGUGGGGCGGCGACGGGUGUUCCAGAGGGUGGAUGCGAAGCUGCUGGACAGGGUUAUGGGUGGGAGGCCGCGGCGGUGCCGGUGGCCGGGGGCGCCUGGGUGCCGCUGCCCGACCACCUGGGCGGACCGCGGGCCUCGCCGCCUGGGGGCCUGCAGCCGCCGAGGUGGAUACCGCUGCCGCAGGACCCGGGGACCAGGGCGGCAGCAGCAGCCCCGGCGGCAGCAGCAGCAGCAGCAGCAGCAGGCUCCACGGCGCCGCGAGCCCCACCACUGUCCUCGCUGGACGCCGGCUGCCGCCUAGCACUCCCCCGGGUUCGUGUGGUGUCGUACAACAUCCUAGGCAACACCGCGUGCAUGACCAGCCGCGCCGGCGCCGCCAUGCCGCGGGAGCAUACCACCCUGGAGUUCCGGGGGCCCAGGCUGCUGCGGGAGCUGUGGGGAUACGACGCUGACGUCAUCUGCCUGCAGGAGGUGGAUGUGAGCGUGUACAGGCUGUGGCUGCAGCCCUGGGCCGCCCGUCACGGCCACACCAUCACCUACCUGCCCAGAGGGGCAAGCACGCCGCUGGGCCCCACGGAGUCGGCUCCACGCAUGGACCCCUGCUACAGCCCCUUCAGCGCCGCCAGUGGUGGUGGCCGUGGCAGUAGCAGCCGCAGCCGCAGCGGCAGUGGCGGCCGCGGCCGCGGCGGCGCCGCAAGCAGCAGUUCCGGUGGUGCCGGUGCUGGUAGGGGCAGUGGAGUGCCUGUGGGGGAGCUGGAUGGGAUUGCACUGCUGGUCCGGAGCCCCCUUCGGCUGCUGGAGGUACAUUGUGAGCAGCUGGCGGCGCGGCGGCCCGCCACUGCUACCGCCGCUGGCGGAGGUGGCGGUGGAGGUGGCGGCGGAGAUGGCGGCGGAAGUGGAAACGGCAGUAGCAGUAGCAGUAGCAGUAGCAGUAGCACCGGCUUCUGGUCGCUGCUGAGCAACCGCGGCGUGGGGGCCAUCCUGGCGCUGGUCGAGGUUGUGGAUGGCGGAGGGGCGGGCGGCUGCGGCGGCGGCGGUGGCGGUGGCGGCAGCGGCGGUGCGGAUGAGCGCACAGCGCAGCCGCAACAGGGCGGUGGCGGAGGUGCCGGCGGCAGUGGCAGCAGGGGCGGAGGGGGAGGCACGGACGCGCCUGGCCGUGUGUUUGCGGUCGGGACGACACAUCUGUGGUGGGACCCCAGGCUGCCCCACGUGAAGGCGGCUCAGGCGGCGCUGCUGUGUGAGGCCGCAGCGGACUUCCUGCGCCGUGUGGCGCCGCGGUGGGGGCACUCGCACGGGCAGCAGCGCGGCACUCCCCAGCCCCAGGACGACGUGCCGCUGGUGUUGGCGGGAGACCUCAACAGCCGCUGGGCCGUGUUCGACCCAGGGCCGGUGGAGCUGGGGCUGCCGCGGUCACCACCAGCCCGCUCACGCAGUGGUGAUAGCGGUGGUGGUAGCGGUGGUGGUGGCGGUGGUGAGCAGUACGGCGGCGGCGGCGGCGGCGGCGGCGGCGGCGGCCAGCGCUGCCGGCGCUGCCUGGUGAGCGGCGUGUACGAGCUGUUGUCGGGCGGGCGGCUGGAGGAGGAGCACCCGCACCACCCCGCCUGCCCGGCGCUGCUGCAGGCUGCCGCGCCGGGAGACGUGCGCCUGCACACAUCAGGUCUGCGGCUGGCCAGUGCGCACAUGGUCGCCAACGGCCGCGAGCCGCCCGCCACCAACAACUCCUGCAACUUCAUCGGCUGCCUGGACUACCUGUGGCUGUCCCGCGGCGGCCACUGGGCGGUGGCGGGCACCCUGGACCUGCCGUACACGUUAGGUAGAUGGGCGUACGGGCCGGACCCGCGGGGUGACGGGCUGGUGGGCGCGGUGGGUGCCGGCAGCCGCGCCGCCGGCAUGCAGCAGCAGCGGCAACACGGAGCCGGCGGCAGGCAGCGGCGCGACGGCAGCGGCGGCGGCUGCGGUGCGGGGGAUCCAGGCACUGACACGGAGGAUGAUGCGGCAGCGGAGGAGGGCGGUGCCUUGGGCAAGGUGGUGGCGGCGGCGGACGCUGCUGCGGCAUGUGGUGCGGCGGUGUCGGCGGCGGCCUGCUGCCCGGUCAUGCCCAACGCGACCUUUCCCUCGGAUCACUGGGCAGUGGGGGCGGAGCUGGUGCUGCUGGGCGGCUGGGGCGGGAGGUAGGGUCCACGCGCACGCGUGUGGGUGGGGAGUUAGAUGAACUUGCUGGCCGUGUGCACGCAUGCACGGGCACGAGCUGGUGCAUGAUAUCCCACAUGGAGAUGGACACAUUUGAUUAAAUGGUUGUGUGGUUUAAGCGCUGGAAUACCGUGAAACGCCCGCGGCGGCGCUGCCAGGCGCGGGUGAGGUGGUGGGCGCGGCGGCGGCGGUGGGCGUGUUGCGGGUGCGGGUGGGGGUGCGGCAGUGGCGGCAGUGGCGGCAGUGGGUGCGGUACUGCUGUCGCGAGUGCUCCGCGACACACUGGAUGCGGGGCACAAGCGCGCAAGGCGGCGUCGGCGGCGGCGGCGGGUGCUGCCGGAGGAGGGGCCGUCCAGGUGCGUACAGCGCGUGGGCGUUAAGUAAUGGUCAGCCGCCGCGGUACAUGGCUAGCACCGUAUUGUGUCCUGCGUUCUACUGGUACUGAAGUGUUAAGCGAGUACCAUAUGAGCGGCUGUGCAAUCUGAGGGGCAUGUGCAGUAUUGGAAGUGGACGAGCAAGCGGACGUGCAAAUGGAGGGGCGCCGGUGCGAUUGGGCAGGCCGCAGCCGUGUCGGGUGGAGCGGGAGAGCUGGGGAAAGACAGAU